AUGAAAGAAUGCAGAUUUAAGAUGAACGGAAGAUUGGACAAUAGAAAGUAGUUAGCGUAGGAUAUCCCAGAGAAUAUACAAGAUGUCAGUUAUGAAGAAGAUGAAAGAAGAUCAAUAUUUAUAAAAUUCUAAUAAAACCAUAAAUUAUUAAAUAAAAUAAUUAAGAAUAAGAUAAGUAUGAUUAGAUCUUUUAAGUAAUACACCUAGGAGACCAGCAAACGAUUGUUGAGCCCUUUAUAAAGCAGUCAUUUUGGAUACAGUCCAGAGACUAAUCUAAUAUCGAAGCCUUAAACGCAUAUUGCGAGGAAAUCAAGUCUUAUUGACUUGAGGUAGUUCGAGGAGAAAAAAUUCCAACUGCCGAGACACAAGGAGAACAAUGUAAUUAGGAAGCCUGUGACGUCUGAUCCAAUGUCUAGUAAGAAGAUUUUGCAGAUAGUAAAAGAGGCUCAAUAAUAAUUAUAUUCAUCUCAAUAACCUAGAACUUAAUAAUAAGUGCAAUAGCAAAAGCAGAUCAGAGUUAUAACCUUAGAGAAUUAAAUCGAGGGUCUAAAUUUUACUUUUGCUCAAAAUUUCUCGAAUAAGAAAGAAAUCAUGAAGGAGUUUUCGGCACACAGCUUAAAAAAGAAGUUUUUUGCUUGA